AUGGAGGUACACCAGUCUACUGUCUCUUCCACCACCGAUCUUGACUCGAGCGCCAAAUUCAUCCUUAUUUCACUUCAAAGAGGACCAGAGGAGCAUCUGGCAGAACUCAUCUCACUCAUUCGCAAGGAUCCUGCAACCGACAUUGCAAUCAUCGCUGAAUCGUGGCGGAAGACUGUCACCUUACCACCUAUUACGCAUUCCGAAACCCGCAGUCUGGAGAACGACCUGAGUGUCCUAGUAGGGAGGCCCGCUAUCACUAUCAACGGCCAGAGCAGGCACUUUGGACACUCUGCCGGCCUUGGUCUGGUCCCUGAGGACGAGAACUUCGGGAGUGGCCAAUCGAGGAUUAAUACUGUGCACCUCGAGCGCCAGGGGACGACAUGGACAGAUGUCACCAAAGAUGUGCGCUUUGUCGAAAAUCUGCUCGCAUUGUACUUCACAUGGAGCCACCCAUUCUACGUACUAUUCAGUCGCGAAUGCUUCUAUAAAGACUUCAGGGGUGGCAGAGACAAAUACUGCUCGUCUCUUCUGGUAAACGCCAUCUGCGCCUACGCCUGCCAUUUCACAGACGAUCCUGCAGGGCGGACGGAUCCUUCCAAUUUUCGCACUGCGGGCGACCACUUCUUUGCUGAAGCCAAGCGACUGCUCUUUGAGGACGAGAGACGUAUAUCACAGCUGCCUCGCGCGGCUAUCACACUGCACAAACCGAUCCUCGAUGAGGUCGCUCUUCCUGAAGCAUAUCCGGGUGCGCCCCGAAUGCAGGCACCGAUCGUGACGACACACAUGCUUUUGCAGGAAUUCACCUCCCUGUCCGAGCUGAUCAACGACAACAACUACAUGUUUUUUGCACCAAAGGAGCGGUUGACGAGCACGAAAUUGCUCGAUUGCUACCACAGAUACCAGGACUGGGCUAAGUGGCCAGAAGCAGCCAGAGCCGCAUACUUUAGUGCUGCAGUCGAUCUGAUCCACUCAGACGUGCGUCCGCGCGAUAUAUGCGUUGAAGCAGCUAACAAGGUAUCGGAAUUAGUUCGAACAUACCGAAAAUUCUACGACUUCCGUGUCGCGCAUCUUGCCAUCCCACACAUUCUCUUGUCCGUAUGCAUAGUGCAUUUGCUCUAUUCGAAAGACAACAAAACUUCGUACAAGAACCUCGUCGACGGUCUCCAGGGCCUCGAAGAUCUUCACGAAUGCCACUACUUUGGCGCCAGAAGUUUCCGCAUCCUGCACACAUUAGCGACGACAUGGAACCUUCCAUGGCCAGAGGAGCUGCACGACUCCAAGCUCAUGCCCAGAUCGAGUCUGGAGAAUUCCCACGGAGCUACCAGCCCCCCGGAUGAACCACUGCUCAUCGUUCCUAACACAGUACCCACAACUGGUCUCCGCGUAGGCCAAAACCUCUCAGAGUGGCCCACCACGAACGCCAACCGCCGCGAAUCUCUCUCCAUGUUCAGCAACCAAAGCUUGCAACUCGCCACCCAUCCAGCCAUCGCCCGACCCGGCAGCGUCUCUGUAUCUCAACACCCCUCCCCCGCCGUCGCCCACCCACCUCCACACUCAUACAACCCUUACGCCCAAUACACCCAGUCAAUAUCCGUCCCGCCCAACGUCUCCGCCCCAGUGACGUCCCCCAACGCCGAAACAGCCGAAACGCUCUUCUGGAACCCCAUCCCCGGCAUGCCAGGCCCGAUCCUGCCGCGCAACACGUAUCCGCAGAUCAGCCCCAUGGGACUAGACACAAUGCUCCAGGCGCCAGAUAUGGGCGACCGGUUGGUGCGGGAUGGGUUUAAGAUGAGCGAGGAGUGGCAGACGAAGUUCGAGCGCGGCGUAUAG